CAGGCUUGUGAGGAAGAGAAGAAGAAUUACAACAAAACGUCGACUUUCGCAAGGCUAGUUUCCGGCGAGUGAUUUCCGUCGCCGAUCGAGUUUUCCGGCUGAGAUUUGUUUUGUUUUCUUCAUUCACAUAAUUAAACCAAUAUAUCAAGAAGAAGAAGAAUUUGCCAUUGUUUCUGUUAGCGAGACCUGAAGAUUAGUUGUUUCUGCGAAAAUCGCAUUCUUUUGAAAAGCAUCGUCAAGUUUUGAGUAGAAGAAGUUGUCGCGGAAUCUUUACUUGUCGGCAGGUUUAAUUUUUGUUGGUUGGGAAGAAAAUUAACAGGUAUUGAAAACCCUAGCUAAUGCUUUUCUGCGAUUUUUUGUUCAUUGUUUUUCACUAAUCAUCGGAGGAGAAUAUACAAUGUUUGGGACUACCAGAUAUGUGGUUUUAGAAGACAAAUCUAGGGUUAUUUCCUUCCUUUUCAAGCUGUCAAUGGCUUCAAGAUUCAUGAUCACCCCGGAAUUGCCUUUGUUUUGUCUACUCUAUAUUGAUUCUCCAGUGCCGCGACAAUUGAAGUUGCGAUUUGAUCAAAAUUCCUUUCAAUUUGGAUUUAAAAAUCCAUAGUUUUAUCUUUGAUGAUUCUUUUCUGGCCUCGUGUAUAUCAAUCAAUAGCUGAAGCAAUUGAAGUUGCGAUUCAGGAUCAAGCCGAAAGUGCCUUUGUUUUGUCUACUGUAUAAUGAUUCUCUGGUGCCGAGGCAAUUAAAGUUGCGAUUUGAUCAAAAUCCCAUCCAAUUUGGAUUUUAAUAUCCAUAACCUUAUCUUUGAUGAUUGUUUUCUGGCCUCAUGUAUAUCAAUCAAUAGCUGAAGAAUUAAGUGCUUUCUGGUGGCAUAGGAUCUGUGGUUGGAGGUCAGAAAUAGCUCAUAAAACAAGAGGUUGAGGAGUCAACUAAGCAUCUCAGUGGAGGGAUUGAAUACCCAGAUACCUAAGCCAAUCAUCAGAUUGUUCCCGGGUCCCCAUUCCUGGAAAGACUCGGCUUCAAAACCUUAGACUUGCUUGUGUACAUGUCCUGAUAAUUUAAAAUCGACAUUUGAGUUGUUCAAUUAAUAGAAACAAGCCUAUUGAAACGUUACACAAGACUUUUGGAUGGAGUUUGUAAGUUGAUUGGAUCCAUAUCUGGCAACAUGCUUAGUACUGUAAGUCCGGAAGUUGCAAAGUCUAUAAAUGCUGAGCUGAGUUGGAAGUCUGUGACAAAGGGAAGGCGGUCUAGGAGGACAGUUGCUAGACGCCUCAAUGAGGGUAUGAAGGUGAUGAACAGGAGUCCUAAGAGGGUUGGAGAUUUUUCAGGCUCAGAUUCUGACAAGAUUCAUGGUGCUGGAUGUUGGUCUUCUGAUAAAGAUGAACAUGUUCCAAUUAAGAAAAGAAGGAAUUUGCUUCAAACUUCAUUGGCGCAAUCUCGAAAUCCAUCUAUUGACUGUGAAGAUUCACUAUCACCACAAUCUCUUCUAGCAACUCCUAUGCCAUCAGAAGACUCCAAGCAAAUUUCGAUCUAUAGCCAUUCAUCUGAUAAUUGGAGUUCAGACCCACGUUCUAGUGGACGUGCGUUGAGAUUUGACAGAAAGGUAGCCCGUAAAGUUGGUCUUAGUGAUAGAUUGGUAGAUGCUAAAAGUUCUAAGGUUGCUACUGGGAAACUUUACAAUUCAGAAGACUUCUUGGGAAUUGCGCUUUUAGCUGAUGCUGCUUGCACUAAUGACAAGGAUGGUGACCUUGAUAAUGCAAAGGAAGCACAUGCUAUGGUUGCAUGUGCAGCACCAGGGGGAUUUGCUGGGUCUGCUCCUCAUCCGAAGGACAUAUCGGCCCUGAAGGAGUUGACGGAUCCUGGUAGAGGAGAUAUGAUGCAUGGAAGCAAGAUGGAGGCCUCCACUGUUAAUGAAUCGGUUGUUGCUCUUAAAGUUUUUGCUGACUUUAAAGAACCAUCAGUUGUAAGUAGACUAGUGUCACCAAAGGUCGACAGAAUACACUGGGAUCUCAACACCUUAGUGGAAACAUGGGUGCAACCUCCCAAGGAUUCCUCUAUGGAAAAUGCCUUUGCCAAUGGCUUAGAUAAUGGAGCACAGAAAGAGAAACUCAAAAUAGAAAUUUGUGAUAAAAAAGGGGAUUUUGAAUACUAUAAACCCAUUUCUGGGCAUCCUGAUCAAAAUAGAACAGUUUAUGAGCUUGCUGAAGUAUGCAAGCUUGAAUCAGUCUUAGUUAAUGAUAGAAUCUCUGGUGAGUUUGGAAACAUUGUUUGCCAUUCUACCAAAGCCUUGGACUUUUUAUCUGCGCAAAGAGAAACAUUUGAUGAACUUGUCACUGGAGAUGCAUCAUUAGCUGAUUCUUCUUUAGUUAAAUCACAUAAUGCUUCAUGGAUGCUUGUUUCAAAUGGAUUAAUUACAAAUGCUUCUGAUGGCCUAGUUUUGACACACAUUAGAAAUUCUUCUGUAAAGGCUGCAGGAUUUAAUAAAGCUGCUUUAUCUGAGGUCCCAUACCCAGCAAAGCCUGGUUGUGAGAAUGCCUCUAAAUACAUUGACUGUAGUGAUCCUAUAACCAGUGAAGUAUCUGAUACUAGUAUUUUGAAUGUCAUGGAUAUUGAAAGUUCUGAUAGUAAUCCUACAGAAAAAUAUUUCUGCCUUCAUUCAUCCAAGUGUGAAGAUUUGUCUGCAUCGAAGGCCUCAAUAGUUGAGGGCCAGUCUGUUACCGUUGAACCCAUGGAGCAACAUGACAACAUUUUAGCUAUUGAUUCUCAAAUGCAGUUAGAAGGGAAUGAAGUAAUUUCUAAGUUCAGUGAUAACUUAACAUUUAAUCAAGUGAAAAACUGCACAACUUCUGGGAAGGACUCCUCAAGAAGCUGUAAUGAGGGGUUGCAGAUCGAUGAUACUAGUCUAUUUGCAAGGAGUGCUUCGGCUUUUGAAGAUAGCCAUAAUUCUGAUAUAUCUCAUGAAGAUCAUAGUCAACUGAUUAGUCGAGAGCAUGUGACUAGAAUUGAGGCUGGCUAUGAUUCUCCAUUUGAGGAUGGAGAAUUAAAGGGAUCAAUUAUGUAUUCUUUGGAGGACAAUGAAAUUAAGGAUGGUGAAGAUGAAUGUGUUAAUUAUGCAUCAGAUGGUAGAGUUGACUUGGAUUUUGAUGCCAGUGAUUACCCAUCCUCUGAAAUGGUUGAAGCAGGUUCUGAUGGUUCACAAAAUACAGAAAAAAGAAUCUCGUCAACCAGCGGACCAAGAGUGAAUUUUAUGAAGGGUGGAUCUGCAAAAAGCUUUAUGAAGAGGCAAUUCAACAGGGAGGACAAUAACAUUGGUGAUAGUGAUGGAAAUAAAAGGUUGGGUCCUGGAUCUGGAUCUACAACUCUAAGGUUCAGUGAUAAGAUUGGAGGAAAAGAAGAUGUUUUUAGAAAAGGACAUACAUCUGAUCGCAUGGCAGCAUAUGAAUUCAGAGGGUCAUACACGGAGGAAAUUAGUUCAAAGAAAAACAGAGGGAAGCUACAGUCACGUAUUGAAGGAUCGCUAUAUUUGGGUGUGGCAGAUGGGAAUAGCGCUGCACGGAAGUACCAAAACAGGCCCCAUAACCUUAUUGGUUGUUACAAUAAGCAUGUAAGAGAAGUUAGUCCAGAAAAAUUCGUUGGUAGAUAUCGAUCUGGUUAUAAUUCACUAGACAAAGGGGCAACGAAUGGCCAGUGGAAUAGCUCGAAUUCAAGAAAUUGCUACCCAAAUGCUUAUCGUGAUAACUACUCAAGAAAUUGCUACCCUGAGAGUGAUAACUACUCAAGGCACUGCAAUUUUGAAAAUUCUGCUGACAAGUUUGGUGGGUUAAACUCUCGAGAUCAUCAGCAAUCAAUAAUUUUUCCCUCAGAAGGUGCGCGCAGGCCACUUGUGAGGAGGAGAUCAUCUGUUGAAAGGGAUGACUAUUAUGAUGUCCAUAGGAGGAUGGUACCAAUGAGAGGCUACCGGAGCCGCAAUGGUGCUGAAAGUGUCUCUGAGAGGGUUGCAAGAGGUGUAAGGGAAGAAAGGUAUGAGUUUAUACCUGGUGAUGGUGAUUUAUCUUCUCUACGCAUGCCUCAGUAUAUACCCAGAGGAGAAAGAACUGGUUCUCCAGCUUCAAGUAGAGUAGCUCGUAUUUCACUGCCGAAGAGGAGAUAUCGUUCAAGAUCUAGAACACCUUCUCCCCAUUCGUGGCAUACACAGAGAGAACGAAACCUCAACAGCAGAAGAAGGCAUAGUAGAUCUCCAGAUAUAAGGUCUGAUGCCAGAAUGAAGCGAACAAGAAUGCCCUUCCGGAAACAUGGUUUUACAGCCAAUUAUGGUGAAGAUUUCUCAUCUCCAACAAGAGGCCACGUAACUUUUGGUUAG